AUGUUCAUCCUAACUCCAAAUCUCUCGAAUUACUUCAAAGCCUUGAAUGACAUUGACUCCAAGCUCAUUAGCCUUGGUCACCUUGCUGGUCAACUUGGAGGAUUUGUUGGUGAGAGUGAUAAAGUAACUGAAGCUAUUAAAAAUGCUGAAAACAUUCUUAAUAAGCAAUAUAAACAGUGUGAAAAGUGUAAAAAUCAAUUGCAUAAUAAUGUCGUUGAAUGUCAAGAUGCUUCGAAUUGUCAGAGCAUCACUCAGCAGAUAGAGAAACUUAAGAGCCUUAAAACAACAAGUGAAGGCAACCAAAAUAAUCCACGUGAUUUACUUACUAACCUCUCCUCCGGCCUCGAAACCUUCCUCGGCUUCAACAAAGACUCCAAAGGCUACGACGGCUCUGGGAUAGUGUACUCCGACUUGGAUAGGCUGUGUGACGGGGUGAUGGGAUUUUUGAGUGGUGUUCUCAGCAACAUCAAAGACCAUUUAGGGCAACAUAAAGAUACUUUAGAUGUUGCAAUUAACACUCUUAACACCAAUAAACACGGCGGUAAAAAAGGUUUUAAUGCUGCGAUUGAAAAGGUGGUCGAAGGGGUGCGGGGGUAUAAUGAUAGGGUGAGGGAGAGUAAUGAAAAUGUUAAAAACGUAAUAACAACGUUAAUUAGUGACAUGAGUACGCUUAACGAUAACGUAAAUGGUUUAUCAACUCAUGAUCAUGUUGACCAAAUUGACAGUCAUGUUCAACACUGCCUCGCCAUGGCAGAGGCAUACAAGCAAGGAAUAGAACGGCAGAGGAAGAACAACAUUAAAGAUCUGCAAAAUGAUUUAGAAAUUAAAGUCAACAAUGUCAGCGAUCUCAUUGCAUAUCAGGCCAAGCGGAUGUAUGAAAUUUGGUCACAUAAAAAAGAGGACCUACAGCACGUGACUACCUUGGUUGGUCAACAGUUAAAGAGGGCUGCGGUACUUAUUAAUGAAAGAACAAAGGAAUAUGUCGAAGGUUUUAUUGUUGAAAUGACUUCUGCGAUAGACACUCUUAAACAAAGCAUCACAAGAGCGGAUAAGACAUUAGCGCAAUAUGUUACUGGAUUAAAAUCAUGGAUUGAGAAAGCGCGUCAAGCUGUGUUGGCGGCUUCAAAAAAAGUUGCUGAUAUAUUGGAUGCCGCUAGUGGAAACGCCAAACCUAAUAAUAAAGGAGAGCUCCUUAAGGCUGUGAAAGAUCUGGAAGGUAAUGCUCUGGAUUUGUAUGAGGCUUAUAAUGCUGCAGAACAGAAGCUGGCGCCGCUAGUUGCAGCUCUUAAAAAAGCGAUAGUAGAUCUGGAUGAUAAGCUUAAAGAUGAUUUACGUAUACUAAAAGGAAGAAUUGAAGAAGCCAUUGAAAUGUACCUUGAUGAAAUAAAGCAGGAACACUUUGAGAUUUUGAAAGAAAAGAUUGGCGAUAGAUUGCUAAUAAGGGAUGGUAAGGAAGAUAGCAUUGAUUAUAAUUGGGAUUUUCUCAAAGCGGUGACAAAGACGCUUAUUAAAGAACUUUACAGUCAUGGAACCAAUGGUGAAAAGAAGGGGUAUCUCGGUAGGCUAGUUGAGGGUAUUAAGGCAUGGGCUAAAAAGUUCAGUGAGGAGGGAGAUGUUAAGUUUGAUACUAUAGUGCACGGGUGGAUCAAAUCGAUAAUGCAAAAUAAUGGAGGAGUUAAGGGGUGGCUUGCCUUGUAUGUCACGGAGAAUAAGAAGUAUCUUGUUAGUACGAAAAUGGAUCCAGGGCAGAAAGAAUUAACUACGGAAGCAAUGGGUACCAUCGCAGAUCAUAUUAAGAAACAGCUUGAAACGAAACUAAAAGGCGGUAAAAUUCCUGGUGCUACUGUCACACCGAAGAAUGGCGAAAAAGUUCAAGAAAACAUAAAGGCUGUCUACGAUUGUAUACACGGCUUCUCCGUGCAGCUGAAUGCGAAACUGAUGGGUGAAGAAAUAACGUCCGGCGAUGCAAGUCAGCUUGUCAAAGAAAUUGUAGCGAAGAUUGAGAAAGACGUUAAAAAUGGAAACUCCGAAACGGGCUACCACAAUUAUUUUCUUGAGCGUGCCAUUAAAACAACACUUGCUUCUCUCCAGUCCACCUCCAAUCAGGUUGCGGAGGAAUUGAAAUCGUUUGCGGGUAUUGAUAAUGCCAAUCAACAGUCGAUAAUCGGGGGAAACGUGGAUGGCGCUAUACAAAAUAUCGAAGAUAUCGCCAGGCACACGAGUGCAGAGGACGUGAAAUCUUUUGGGGGUAAAAUCGACGCAGCAUUUGAAAUUAUAAAAAAAGAAAUCAAACAGCUGGAUCGUGUCCUUGAAACUUCCAAUUUUAAAAAUCGAAUUGAGAGUAAAUUUGGUGAAGCGCAUCUAGAUGCUGGUGCAGUUCGCAAAAUAAUGACCCGUUAUGGCGGCCAUUUAACAAAUGACUUCACGAACGGUACUUUGGCGAAAGCCAUACAAGACGUUCGAAAAAAAACGUUUGAGGCAUUUACCGCAGUAGUGAUUGAUAAAAAGGUAGACAAUAAAACAAUUAACAAAAAAUAUGACGCAGUUACCCAGCACUUGAAAGGUCUUUGCGAAUCAAUCGUCAAGGCUGCAGCUGCAGAUGCAGAUAGCGCUAAGGUGAAGCUAGACAUGUUAAAGGAUACGUUGAUCGGCACAGCAACCGAUGGUGAAUUGACACGCCUGCACGUAAAACUGGGUGAGCUGCAAGACAAACAGUUGCAUCCAUUGGUUACAGCUGCUACUAAUAUUACAACGUUUGCAUAUACCGAAAGCGCUCAAAUACUUAAAGAACUGUUCCAGCACGCCACCGAAAAAACGAAUGUGGCAAAAAAUGCCAUAAUAAAAAACAUCCAAAAACGCUAUGUGACAUUUCUAAGGUUGCAGCUCGAGAAGUAUUCGUCAAAAAUCAACGUCGAACUACAUGAACUUCCUGACGCAAUCACUAAAGAUGCCAAUAAAGGCUACAAGGGAUUCAUGCAGAAGAUCCAUGAUGAAGCAAAUAAUAUGCAACGCAGUACCGAGAACGUAUCAAAUUUGAAGGAACUCUCGUCUGACGUUGCCGUAUUCUAUGUAGGCUUAAUGGACACUCUGAAAACAAAUCGCGACAUUAUGCCCGAAUCUAUCAACAUCACGGAACUUCAUGAUUCGCUAUAUACUCUCCUCUCUGAUCUCUCCCGUUUCAACCGCCCCUUCGUCCACAACCUCUCCUCCCUUUCCGCCCUCCUCGACACCAUCCGCCCCGCAUCCUACGCCGAGGACAGCAACCCCCUGCUCGAGUGUCUUAGAAAGGGCGUAAAGAGAAUGUGCGAGGAGCUGGACAAGGCGUACGUGAGCGUGUAUGACGGCGAGACGUUUGGUGCUGAGCUCGUCGAAAAGCAGAAAUUAACGCCGUAUGGCACUCAGUUGUCCAAGGUGUUUAUGUCCAUCUUUGAAAUGAUGCAUGAAGACCUGAGCUAUUUAAAGAACCAAUGCAUCUCCAAAUGGCACAACCGUAGAAUAUAUUCAGGCAGCAGUAUGGGCACGUUCUUAAGCAAUUGCGGUUACACUGUAUCUAAUCACGAUUCCCACCAGAACGGGGAGCUGCGUAACAAGGCAGAAUGCGACGGUAAGCACAUAUAUAGUACACUUGUCGGAGGUUUCAGUCAUGUUUACAAUUCUCGUGAAGAUACUAAAAACGCGUUUCAAAACUUAUACGAUUACCUUCCCACCUAUUACCGUGUCUGUCAACUACCCACUUUCUCCUCAACUCGCCGCCCAUGUUCCAUAUAUGAAAUGCUCCGUUGGCUUAGCGGCUUGCCAUACAACGCUGUAUAUCUCGACCUCAUGUCGGAUGAUUUCGCCGACCUAUUCGACAAGCCAAAAGAGGCAAAAACGGAGAGCAUUAGUUUAGACGGCAUCUCUCUAGAAGAUCAAACUCCAAAUACCUUGAAUGCCUAUCCACAGAAAAUUAAGCGUAGUGAUUUACAUGAUGCAAUAACGCAUAUUACGUCCCUUGCUCCCACAGUGCUCACAACUGUUGUUGGCUACGGAGAUGCGUACUCAACGUACGCAGUUGACUACUACUGCAACGCACCUUCUUUCGUUUACCCAUCAUCAGCUGCGGAUUGUCUGACCAUGUUGAUCGAAUUACUUCGUCGAUUACUACCUGUAUUCAGAUUCUUGCAUAGCCGUUGUAGUAACAUGGCGUCCGAGUACGGUUGGUAUCAGUGCCGCUACGGCACAACUAUCGACUCUUCCAACUGGCACUGCAGUGAUCACUCCAAAACCAAAGUUGAUUGUCAACCUACGUCUCCGUUGAUGUCGUACCUAAAAGACAGUCUUCCUGGUCAUUUACCGCAUCAUGUUACCAAUGUUGACUGCAAAUCAUCCUGUUCAACGUGCCCUAAAAACCUGCCUGGGCAGCCGUGUUUAACACCGCUUGGAUUCAGAGGUUUCUCGGGAUCCACGAAGACAGGGAAGGACAUAUGUAACGUGCUGACCAAAUUCUUUACCAACGCCCAUCUUACAACGCUACUCUGCGUCAUACCCAAACCGCCAUCCACAUUGCCGGAACACUUUGAAUUCACGUUAUCCCUCACGAAGGGUUGGCAUAGCAAAAUAGUUCCUUUGCCUCUGACGUGGGUGCAAGAGUGCAUUAAAGAACAAUCGAUUGCCCUGUAUAACGACACCGCACAACUCACCAACGCACUGGGUAAUGCCUAUAAUAGCAAUCAUGGUGGUAACGGCGAAAGGCAUCCUGCGGCUGAACGUGCUGACCUAUCAAGCCUCUCGAUGACUAAGUCAUGUUUAUAUGCCAAUGCGGAUAACAUUCAAUGUUCCCCCUACUUAUAUGCCUUAUGCAGCGAUACUUAUCAUCUACUUGCCAACAAACAUUGCAACCUAUAUCUCUCAUGGGCGGUAUACCUACCAUGGACAUUCUAUGGCUACCUUCAAGCCCUAUGCCAAUCCUUCGGCAACAUUUCUUGCCAAGACUGGGGCUGCAGCAGAUGCGGUAACGGCACCAAAUGUAAGAAGGGAAAGCACGGCAUCGAUAACUGCAAGUGUAAAGGUAUCCUAGAAUGCCGCGGCGUACUAAGCACAUUCUACAGCUACGGUUUCACAUAUGGAAAUCCUGAAGUACUGUUAAACAAAGAAGGUAAACGUUACUGCCACAACUUCUAUCAACAACUAAAAAAUCUUUUAAAUUCCAAGUGCUUCACAGACCUAUUCAGAGAGUGCGACAAAUUCAUAUUCACAAUCAGAGCCCCCUUCCUGUGGAUGACCGUCGCACUCUGGUCGCUGUCCCUCUUCUACCUCAUCUGCGUCAUGGUUGGCAGACUGGAUGUGCUCCACAUCAAAUCGCACCUUAGGAUACCGUCGUCGCACAAGAUAACGGCGCAAUCGCUGUUGGCUGCAGCGCAAGUCGGAAGGCUUGCCAAGAUAUCGUAUCUACAACCGUAA